UGUCAAAUUACAACAACAUGACUGUGGCUGAUGACAGUCACUCACUGACAGUCCUGAAAUUGUAUACAUAAAAAAUGGUUUGUUUACAUGACCGCUGCUGAUGGUGCUCCUCUAUGGAUUUAAAGAACCCCGUUCCGGACAGAAAAAUUCUCUGCCGUCUUUGUGCCAGAGAAAAUGAAAAAUAUUUCGAAAUAUUCAGUGAACAGGGAGUUGCGCUGAAAAUACCUGCCGUUGUAUCGACACAUUUCCGCCUCGAGCUAAGGAAGGACGAUGAACAUGGACACAUUUGUAGUACGUGUUGGUGGCGGAUCGAAGAUUUUCAUGUCUUUUAUCUGCGGAUACAGGAAGCUCAACGGUAUUUUGAACCGGCUGACGACUGGAAAGUCAAAACGGAACCAAUGGACUUCGAAUGUACAAAAUACAAUACAGAAGAGAGUGUAGACAGUUGCCCGAACAUCGAUGGAAAAGAAACCGACGAUACCAACGAUUGUGUUCAUUCACAAGACGAAUCGAAUGCUGCCGUUCAACUCGAUUCAGAUGUCCAGAAACCAAACGAAUCCACAAUAAACCUUAGGCUAAGAGAUAUAAAGCUUCAAGUGGACGAGAAAUCUGGUGAUGCACAUCCAUCGGCGAAGAAAAAUCGUGGCAUACGAAAACGGGACCAUCCGUCGGUACUAGCUGGUGAUGAUUUGAUUCGAAACUGGUGUCAGAUGCAGUGCACUAAAUGUACGGAAUCGUUUGCAAGUUUCACGUUCAAAGACGUCAAAAAUCACUACCACAAGGAGCACGACAUGAACGGGUUUCUCGUAUGCUGUCGUAAGAAAUUUUUUCGACGAAUCAGAGCCUUGGAACACAUUGCCAGGCAUAUAAAUCCCCGUGAAUUCAGCUGUGAAAAGUGCAAUAAGAUUUUUUCCGACAAACCGGCACUACUCAACCAUCUCGAUAGUCAUGUAUCGUUGGAUAAACGAGAGUACAAGUGCGAUAUGUGCGAGGACAGUUUUGUGAGAAAAUAUCAACUGUCUCAACAUAAGAAGGCUCGGCAUUUACCCGAAGCGAAAACGUUCGUCUGUGACGAAUGUUCAAAAGCGUUCAAAUCAAAAUCCAUUCUCCAUGCACACACCCGCAACGUUCACAAUAACAGAAACGUCCUAAUGUGUGAUGUCUGCGCAAAAACGUUUAAAAGUAAGCAGUGCCUACAACAACACUUUUCGAAGCAUAAAAGCGACGCGGGCGAAGAGACAACCAAACUUCAGUGUACAAUCUGUUCAGCAUGGCUGAAACACCCGAAUAGUUUACGCGGUCAUAUGGCACGGCAUUUGGAUGCAGAAACGGAGCACCUAUGCAAGGAGUGCGGAAAGAAUUAUCCCACUCGUGGUGCGUUACGAAGCCAUCGGACAUAUGUUCACAACAAUACAAAACUAUUCCCCUGCACGAUAUGCCCGAAAACUUUUAAACGGUCCGUGACACUGAAAGAACACAUAGCUGGUGCUCACACAGGAGAAGUGUUGUAUCAAUGUCCGUUUUGCACGAAAACGUUUAACUCGAGUGCAAAUUUCUACGCGCACAAGAAGCGAAAACAUCGGAAAAACGGAGAGACUGCGGCGUAGACGAAUUGUUACGACUCAGAGAUUGUUCUAUCUCCGGACCGAUGGAUUUUAUUUCGAGAAAUAAA